AUGCAAGAAGAACAGGAAACCCACAUAUCCAACCACCUAGAUGAAAUUGUUGCUGCUGUCAGCAUAACGCCUCGAAAGAAGAUUCAAAACAAGCUGCCUCAGACAGCACUGUUCCACCCUCCUCGAGAGAAGCUCCAGCUCUGUGAAGAGAAAGCCAAGUCCUAUUCCAGCAGUCACAAUUACAAACAGGCUAUCCAGGAGCUCGUGCGUUGUGUAGCGCUGACAAGAAUUUGCUAUGGCGACUCGCAUUGGAAACUAGCAGAAGCAUAUGUUAAUCUGGCUCAAGGCUACCUCCAGCUGAAAGGGCUGUCGUUGCAAGCAAAACAACAUGUAGAAAAAGCCCAAGAAAUUCUCACCAACUCCAUUGAGCCUCCCUAUAAUGACAAUACAGAUGUUUUCAAGUGUUCGGUUGAGCUUUUUCACACCAUGGGGAGAGCCUUAAUCUCACUUCAAAAGUUUAAGGAAGCUUCAGAGAAUCUGGCCAAAGCAGAGAGACUCACAAAGGAGCUGCUGCAGUGUGGAAGGAUCAUAAAGGAGGAAUGGAUUGAAAUCCAGGCGCAGCUCAAACUGUCAUGGGCACGAUUGUAUCAAGGUCAGAAGAAAUCAAAAGAAGCUCUGCCCUAUUAUCAAGAGGCGUUGGAAUAUAUUGAGAGCAGUAAAGGUGAAAAAAGUCUUGAGUGUGUUCCAGUACUGAGGGAACUAGCAGGUGUAGAACAAGCCUUGGGAUUUCACAACUCAUGCAUCAACCAUUUAUUACAGGCGCACCUCAUCGUCCUGAAUAAAUACCCCUCUCAAGAGGAGGCAGCCAACUCCGCACACAUUGUGGCCCAGGCCGCCGUUGCUUCUGGGAGGCCCGAGCAUCACGAUGCGGCCGAGCAAUAUUUCCAAGAGAGCAUGGCUAAUCUGAAAGACUCUGGAGAGAUGGGAAGAGCUAAAUUUCUUUUAAUUCAAGAUGAAUUUUGCCAUUUCCUGAAAAUCACUGGACAAGAAGAGAGAGCGUUCUGUAUACUGAAAGAGUCCCUGGAAGCCAAAGUGGAGACAUUUGGUGACUUCAGUCCUGAGGUGGCUGAGACAUACCGGCUCCUGGGUGGGGCAGACCUGGCACAGGGAAACCACAGCAGGGCCCAUAAGAAACUGAACAAGUGUCUUCAGAUUCAGACCCUCUUAUACGGACCACAGGACAAGAGGACCCUGGCCACCCAGCAGACCGUGGAUGUCCUGUCCAAGGCCCCGGAUGUCGGUGGGAAGCCACGGCAGGCUCAGAAAGGCAAGCCGGCGUUCUGCCCGGCAGUACCUCAGCACCCUGCCCACGGGAAGGCGAGGGUUAACGCAGCUGUCUGA